AUGAAUUCCGUCGGCGCUCGCCCAUAUGGUCGAGGAGCCUCUCCGGUAGCAACGACCACACCCGCAGACACACCUGUCACACGAUCCCCCGCAGUUGCACACAGUGGUAUGAAGCGCAAGACGCGCGACUACGAGCCUGAAAGCGAUGAAACAAACAUCCAUGUUGUUGUUAGAUGCAGAGGUCGAAAUGAUCGCGAGGUCAGAGAGAACAGCGGAGUGGUUCUGUCCACAGAGGGCGUCAAGGGGAAGUUUGUUGAGCUCUCCAUGGGCCCAAGCGCGCUUAGCAAUAAGACCUACAACUUCGAUAAAGUAUUCUCACCUGCAGCCGACCAAGCCAUGAUUUACGAAGACGUUGUUGCCCCAAUCCUAAGCGAGAUGCUGGCGGGAUAUAAUUGUACGAUUUUUGCGUAUGGUCAAACCGGCACCGGAAAAACAUACACAAUGUCUGGCGACAUGUCGGACAGUUUUGGCCUUCUGUCCGACUCUGCGGGCAUCAUCCCCCGCGUAUUGCAUUCACUCUUUGCGAAGCUGGAAGGCGAGGAGACUGAAAGUUCCGUUAAAUGCUCAUUUAUCGAGCUCUAUAAUGAGGAUUUGCGAGACCUGCUUGCCGCAGAUGAGAGCACGAAGCUGAAGAUUUUUGAUGACAACAAAAAAGGGCACAGCUCAACCAUUGUCCAAGGCAUGGAGGAAACGCAUAUCAAAACGGCAGCUGAUGGGAUCAAUCUUCUACAAAACGGUAGUUACAAGCGCCAGGUCGCUGCGACCAAGUGCAACGAUCUCAGUUCUCGAAGCCAUACUGUGUUCACCGUCACGGUUUACAUAAAGCAGCCGUCGGAGACAGGCGAUGAUUUUGUCAGCGCUGGCAAGCUCAAUUUGGUAGAUCUCGCUGGCAGCGAAAAUAUUCAGAGGAGCGGCGCAGAAAACAAAAGAGCGGCCGAAGCCGGUCUUAUUAACAAGAGUUUAUUGACCUUGGGACGCGUCAUCAAUGCGCUUGUCGAUAAGAACUCACAUAUUCCUUACAGGGAAUCAAAACUCACUCGCCUUCUACAAGAUUCUCUCGGCGGCCAUACCAAAACCUGUAUCAUCGCCACUGUUUCCCCGGCAAAAAGUAACCUUGAGGAGACCAUUUCAACGCUAGAUUAUGCUUUUCGUGCAAAAAAUAUCCGAAAUAAACCGCAGUUGAAUCAAUUAGUAUCGAAGAAGACGCUUCUUCGGGAUUUCACUGUUGAAAUAGAAAAGCUCAAGAGCGAAUUGAUUGCAACCAGACAGCGGAACGGAGUAUAUCUCACCAAUGAACAUUAUGAAGGACUUACGGUAGAGAGCGAGUCCCGGAGGAUCUUGUGCGAGGAACAAAAGGCCAAGAUUGAGACCAUGGAGGCAUCUCUGAGAAAUAAGGUUCAGGAGUUGUUUUCGCUUGUCAAUACCAUGUCUAGUCUGAAGAAAAACCACGAAGAAGUGAAAAUCAUUCUUGGGGAGACGAAGACCGUUCUGGAGGAAACGCAGACUGUCCUCGCGAACACCCGCCAAGAGUUGACUGAUGAGACUAUAGUCUCUGCAGCCCAUGAGAAGACGGAACGUCAGUUACGCGCCAUUGGCAGCGAACUGCUUACCACCCUUGGGCAAGCUGUCACGGAUAACGACGGUCUCCAUGCAAAACUUCGGCGGCGGUCUGAGCUACACAACUUACUCCGAGCGGACUGGCAAUCCUCUCAAGCCCAGGUUACUGAUAUCACUCAUCUUCUAGAGAUGCGCCUGCGACAAUUUCAGGAUCGGCAAAAAGCCGGAGUAUCCGCAUUGUCGACGAGAAUGGAGGGAUUUGUUCGACAAGAGCUUCGUGGACUGGAUGAGACGCAGACGUAUCUUCAAGAGACCAUGGAGUCCUUAGAACAUUGGCAUGAUGAGAACGAUGCCAAGGCAUCGGAAUCAAGGUCAAACAUGAAUGAAGUUCUUGAGGAAAUCAAAGUCCUGCGCGAAGAAGUGAAGGAAAGAGUUGGUCAAGGGCUCAACGGACUCGCGGCGGCGGCGGCCCGUAUCUCGGCAGGAGUCAUUUCGGAAUUAGAAGAUUUUCAGGAAACGCAGAUGCGUGGCUCGCAUAAUUCCAUCGAGACCGAUCUACGAAACAUCUUUAGUAAAUUCGCUACGGACCUCGAAGCUCAAAAGACAGAAUGCGAUAAUCUGAGGAGGGAGGCCAGUCAAGCUGCAAAGGCAGCAGCUGAUGCGAACGAAGUUGCCAAUUUUAGAUUGGAAGCAGUGCUCGUCGAAGAGCGCCAACAAUCAGCUUCUGACCGUCAGAAUCUACUCACGCAAAUAACAGCACUCGUAAAUGCUACGGGAGAAGCUCAAGAAGCCAGACUGGCAUCUAAAAUCAAUUCGAUUCAGACCGAUAUCUCGGCCUCUACUCUGACAUUUGGCAACGCCGAAGCUCGCUACAACCAAGCCAUGGACGCGUGGUCUCUCAGAGGUGAAGCUUGCGCCAAGGAAACUUUUGAUGCUUACAAGUUGUUUGAGGCUAAGCUGAACCAAGACUGGCAGUCUAUGGAUGCUCAAAAUGAGGCUAUCCAAGUCACCACGAAAUCAGUCCACGAAGAGACUGUGAGAAUUGUUGAUGCCCAAAUGGCCGACAUGUCAAAUCAAAUGAAGGCACUUGAUGAAUUUGUCACUCGUGCACGAUCCCAAAAUGAGGAUCAGUACGAAUCUCACGUCCGUUCCCUGCACAGUGUUGCCACCAGAGUUCGGGAAUCCAACUCUCGGGUUUGCGAACACUUUGGCAGAACCGUGGACAAUGUCGAAGCUCUGGACCAAGACAUGUCGGUACAGAGAAACAACCUCACGAACGCGCUUGUUCCUUUGGAUACUGGAGUACGUCAACCGCUUGCCGACCUUCGCAGCCGCAUCAAUGGUGCGCCUUUGAAGGAAUACCGCCCUACUGGUCAAACGCCGAAAAAGGUCGAAUAUCAGUACCAGCGUAUCCUUCCGCAGACGAAAGAUCGCAAGACCCUCCUCGCCACAAUGAACGAAACGCAAAUCCCAACCACUCCACACGACGAUCCCACAAACAUGUCUCCGAGCAAAGCAUCGAUCUAUACGGAUGCUGAUGACGAAGUGAUGCUACUCCAAACGAUGGAUGUUGACCAAAAUUCGGCCAGCCCCGCAGAUGGCUUGACAGAGGUCGAUGGUAAUGCUGCAACCAAGUCCCCUGUGUCGGACUCGGAAGUGCAGGCGCCGACUGAAAAUCAGGAAAAUGAGGAUACCCCGCGCGUAAAGAGACAGAGGGCCUUUGAGAGCAAAUUGCCUCAAAAGUCCAGAAAGGGAUCUACUCGCGCCGAGAGCAGACCCGCCACCGUCCUACCCAAACGCCGAACCAGUACGCGAAGACGCUCAUCCGCCUAG